AUGGGCCGAAAGCGAACCUUUGACUCCGCUUCUUGUUCACGUGACGUCGACGAAGAGCUAUCGCAGCCGUCAGUGAAGAUGCCGAGACCGUUAAGAAGAAGUCAAUCAUUGAGAGCGAGGGGUGCAGGAGUGGUGGAAUUAGCCUAUCAGCUCGCUGAGCUCAAUGCUGAACAAGCUCCGGAUCAGGAUACGGAAGUCGGCGAAGAUCCUAUGGUGGUUGAAUUAGAGAGACCCGGGGCUGAACACCCAGAAGAAGUUGAAGAAGCUGCUGACGAAGUCCAAGAAGAAAUAUCGUUCCAACAGCAGGUUAUCUAUGGUGCCGCUUUUAAAGUUGCAUUUCGGGGUAAGCGAAAAAAUGGCAAGUUUUUUGGACGAUUAUUUGGCUUUGCUUGGUGCACCAGUUCCUGA